UAUCACGACGCAGGGGCACGCUGACGCUGUCGGUUGUCAGGGGCUGCUGGUCUGUUUUGGCUCGACGCCAUGACUCCGAGUCACCGGUCCUCUGCUGCCUUUCGCAUCUCGAUCGGUGUCACCCAGCGCAGCAAGUAUGGCCAUGUCCUGCUCCCGGCCGCAGUCGGAAAUGAAGGAUUUGCAGGAAGCGGCUGACAUGAGCGAGGCCGGCGAGCGGCAGGAGAGAGGAGUCCAGACGGAGUGCACUGCCAGAGGCCUGAGUCCUAGGCUUUCGAAAGUAAACCUUUUCACUCUCCUUAGUCUGUGGAUGGAGCUUUUUCCAAAUUACAAGCAAAAGGCAACUCAGCAAAGAAGAAAUGGCCUUGUUGUUGUGCAUAAUUCAAAAAUCAUUGGGCUACACUGUUCAAGCAUGGACCUACAUGUUGGCCAAAUUGCUGUUGUUAAACAUGGAUGCAGAUUGAAAGAAUGUGAUCUCUACUUUUCAAGGAAACCAUGCUCAACCUGCCUAAAGAUGGUUUUAAAUGCUGGAGUCAAUCGAAUUUCUUACUGGCCUGGAGAUCCGGAGAUAAGUUUGGCUAAGGACAAGGUAAUGAAUAACUGCGUUUCAGACGCAAAGUUGGACGCUAAGGCAGUGGAAAGACUCAAGUCCAAUAGUCGAGCUCGUGUUUGCACCUUGCUUCAACCUCUGGCUUACAACAUGCUUCAAUUUGUUGAAGAAACUUCAAAAAAGUGUGAGUUUUUCCAAAGCAUGAAUGCCAAGGACGAGAACAAUUUUACUGAAUGCAGAAGAAAGAGAUUGCGGGAAUUUGAGAAAUCAUUCUUAAUUAGCGACAGUGACACCCACAAACAAAUCUUAAAGACUAUUGGCUUAGAGAACGUGUGUGAUGAUGUUCAUUUUAUUAACUUAAGGCACAAAAUGGAAGAGCUUGUUUUUUUGUUAGCAACCAUCGACUGUAGUGUUCCAAUGUCCGGAAUAUUUAAUUGUGAUGAUUUAGAUGGUGCAUCCGAAGAGCACACAAACAAUGAAUUUCAAAAUUUUGCAAGACACUGCAUGGUUCAAGCCAGGCUAUUGGCAUAUCGGACAGAGGAUCAAAAGAUUGGUGUUGGGGCAGUGAUCUGGGCAGAAGGAAAUUCGAAUAAUUGUGAAGGCACAGGAGCAAGGUAUCUGAUUGGAUGUGGUUAUAAUGCCUAUCCAACAGGGUCAGAAUAUGCAGAUUUUCCUCAGAUGGAUGAGAAACAGCAGAAAGAUAGAGAAGCCAGGAAGUUUCGGUACAUUAUACAUGCUGAACAAAAUGCUUUAACUUUCCGAUGUCAGGAUAUUAAAGAGGAUGAAAAGACAAUGAUAUUUGUUACCAAAUGCCCAUGUGAUGAAUGUAUACCCUUAAUAAACAGUGCUGGUAUCAAACAGAUAUAUACAGGUGACCUCGAUGCCGGCAAAGUAAAAGCAGAUAUAUCCUAUCAGAAAUUUUCCGGUUUACAAGGAGUGAAGAAGUUUACAUGGCAGAAAAAUCCAGCCCACAGUAUUUCACCGCCCGGUGUCCAGGCAGUUCACAGGAAACGAAGACCAACCAAGCUGCCCAUCCUGGCAAACAACAUUGCCCAAAGAAUAUUGAACACAUUCACAAUGAGCACCAACUCAGAAGCAGAGCUACAUUGUGAGUCAUCAGUACAGGCACGCUCUCCAAGUACAGAAGAUCCCCUGUCUCCCAUGGCUAAAGGUGAUUUGAAGAGGCCACUGAUGGCUCCUCACUCUGAAACUCAAAUGGAGGAACUAUUAAAUAAGGAGCUCAGUGAGCCUGCUUUCAAACAGAGGUUGGUGGAGCAUCAGUGUCUUGUGACUUCAUUGGCUACUGUAAUGAAUGAUGUGGUAUGUGGGCUUGAGAAAAUCAGGUCAAGUCUGAAUACUUCCAUGCCUGAUAUCUACAAUGUACUGGAUCAUAAUUUAACUGCUUUACAGUCCAAUAGAGAGUCAGCAUCAUCUGAGACAGUUUUGGUAGAAAACACAUUUACCCAGGAACUGAGCUGCAUUGGGGCAGCACUUCAGAAUGCCUUCAACGUUGCUAUAUCUGACAUGGGUUCUAAAGUGCAAGAAAGCCUACAGAUGGGAUUUGAAAGUCUUGGAGAAAAAGUACAGUCAGCCAUAACAAAUGGGUUUGCUGAUUUGGUAAAGGAACAUGCAUCUUCUCACCAUAACCAAUGCAGCCGACAGGGUGUAGCAAUCUUAUCCACCAGUGGGGUCAAUAGCACUUCACAUGAGGCGGGUAUUCAUGACAGUGGCCUGUCCCUUUCAACAUCCCAACCAAGUCGGCUUUCACCUUGUUCCUUGCUGGAAAGCAUGGAUCCUUCUGUGGAGUCUCGAGUAUCUGGAGGCACAAAUCUAGCAAACUUACAAUAAGGAGGGAAGGUAUAAAGACUUCCUUUAUAACUGAGGGAUAAUUAGGAUACUUGGGAAAGCUUUGAAUUAUAUAAUAUGGACAUGGAGCAUUUAGAAUGUAAUUCUGCUAAAGAAAGUGAUUAGAUGACCUCUCAACCAUACUGUUGUGUGGCAUGAAUCACUUAUCAAUCACAUAUCAAACAUAUAUCAAUGAUGUCAGACAAAUAAUAUUUAAAUCAAUGACUAAGCUGAUAUUACAUUUAUUAAUGGUAGAUAAAAAUGCUGGAGAAACUCAGCGGGUGAGGCAGCAUCUAUGGAGCAAAGGUUCUUUUAUAUUACAGUAACUUUCCUAGAAGGUUCUAACAUGACCACUUGCUACUGCAUCUCUUACCCAUAUUAAAAAUAAAUGCUGGAGGAACUCAGCGAAUCUCAGGCAGCAUCUUUCGAGGCAAAGGGAUGAUAUUGAUAUUUUGGUUCUAGACUACAGGAUCUCGACCCGAAACAUUGACCACCCCCCUGCCUCAUUAGAUGCUGCCUAACCAGCUGCUUUUGGCAGUUCAUUUUUGUUCCAGAGUACAGCAUCUGCAGUCACUUGUGUCUCCAAACUUUACCAGUUUUUUUGCAGUAGCAAGAUAUGGUAUGUCCUUUUUCCACACACUUUCACAAUUUGCAGGUCUAAUUAGCACAUUCAGACUUUGCAUUUACACUGCCUAUCACUCCAAUGCGUCUUUACCUCUUCAGAACUUCCAAGUGUCAUGGUAGCCUAGUAAAUCUAUGCAGAGUUCCAGAAAAAAAAAAAAAAUUCUCAGUUUGUUUGAUUCAAAUGAGGGACAGCAGCUUAAUUGACACUUGCGGAUUUUCUCACCUCUAACCAUAUUUAAUUAUGGCUAAAGAAAUUUCUCUGGAGUCUCUACAAUGCUGCCCCUGUACUUCAGUGGUCAGCAAUGGACGUAAUGUGGAUAGAUGGAUUUAGUGUAGUUGAAAGCAACUGUUGAACAUAGAACAUAGAAGUAUGCAGCACAGGAACAGACGCAUUGGCCCACAUCAUCCAUGCCGAACAUGAUGCCAUUAAACUAAUCUCUUCUGCCUGCACGUGAUGCACAUCCUGUAUUCUCUGCAUAGCCACGUGCCUAUACAAAAGCUUAAAUGCCACGAGUAUAUCUAUCUCACUACUGUACCUGGCAGCGCGUUCCAGGCACCGACCAGUCUCUAUGUUUAAAAAAAAAUUUGCAACACAUAUCUUUAAACGUUUCUCCUCUCACCUUAAAGCUGCCCUCUAGUCUGACAUUUUCUAUCCUGGGGAAAAAGGUUCUGUAUCUACCUUAGCUGGCACAGACAUGGAUGGACUGAAUGGCUUGUUCCUCUGCUCUCUGACACUGUGACCCUAUACAAUGCAAUUGAGUAGUCCGGUUGAACAGAUUAGGUCUCUUUUCUCUUGAGAAAAGAAGACUAAAAGGUGACCUAAAGGCCUUGAUAGAAUGAAUGCAGGGUAAAUGUUUCUACACGUGGGGAAGAUUCUACAUUGUAGACUGCCACCAAAAUAUUCCAGUGGAGAACUGAGAAGAAAUGUAAUUACCUGAAGACUGAUGAAGAUGUGGGAUUUGCUCUGUAGAAUAGUUGGGUUGAUUAGUAUUGAUGCAUUUAAGAGGGGCGUGGACAGACACGUGACCGAGAACAGAAAAUAUAUUCACUAUUCGAUGAUCAAAGACAGGAGGAAAUGCAAGUGGUGCAUAAAUGCCAGCAUAUUCAAGAUGGAUUGAAUGACCUGUUUCUGUUGCAUGCCUCUUCUUAUUUAAAAAAAUCUUUUGAUACUGUAUUGUUUCACAUUAUCAUAAAAUUAUUUUUUUCGCAAAUUGCUAUCCAAUUAAAAGGUACUUAAACGAGUUGAUAAGUGAGUUAAAAACUCUCUCCUCUGCUAUGGGUCCAGAAUAACAUCAAAAGCACCACUCUGAAAAGGUUCCACAGAUCGUAUAUUCAUAAAGGUACGAUUCCUCGUGGUAGAGGCGGUGAAUGUGAAUGUCAGUGAAACUUUGCAAAUCCAGAAGCCUUUUUUCUCUCUCAAAAGCUGAGCCUGUAAAUGAAAUUUAAAAAUUGAAAUAUAAUUUUAUUGUGCAAAGGAAUUGGGGAAUUUGGAACCAAAGCAUUUCGAUGGAGGCAAGGGACAGAUCUAAAUGGAUGGCUGAAUGGGAUUCUGAGAUGAGUGGUUCAAACUAGUUCUAUGAUUCUAAGGUUAUACGCAGUUUCAGUGCAUGAGCUGUUUCUUUGAUUCAUAUCAAAAUGCACAGCAUUUCACUUCAGUCCUUUCCCAUAAAUUGAAUUCUAAGUAGCUAUAUUGCUAGAGAUCAUCAAAUUGAUGUUUUCUUGUAGAGCUGUGGUUUAUAUGUGUUAUAUCUGAAUCUGUGCAUUCUUUGUGUUACUUUUGCAGUAAUCUUUUUUGAUCUUUAAUUUCUUUGUGCUCUGUAGCACAUUCUCCUUUGGUAUGCUUUGUUUUCCACUUCUUUUGUGGACUAUGAUAAAAUACAUCAAAUUGUGCACUUUCUAUAAUAAUCAAUCUUGCAUGAUAUUACACAAUGUGAGAUAAGUGUCAACACAAAGAAAGAUAGAAGACGCAACUUUGUUUCCAAAGAAUGUAAUAAUAUAUCUUAAUAGUAAAAUAUGUUAUAUUAAGACAUUGUAAAUAAAUGAAUAAAAUGGAGAGUUUGAAUUAAAA